ACUAUCUUCUUAUUUCAUUUUGAUCCAUCUUUCUACCCACACUAGCCAUGGCAGUCUCACUUCAGAAACCACUCUCCUUCCUUAUUCUCAUUUUUGUGUUGUCACUUCAUGUCCUUACUGUUGCUGCUGCUGAAAAUGAAGUAGCAGAAGCUGAUGCUCUUCUUAGAUGGAAAGCUACUCUUGAUAAUCAAAGCCAAUCUUUCCUGUCUUCUUGGGCUUCAGGCAGUCCUUGCAAUUCUUGGUUUGGUAUUCAUUGCAAUGAGGCAGGAAGUGUCACAAAUAUCAGCCUCAGAGAUUCUGGUUUAACAGGUACUCUUCAGAGUCUCAGCUUUUCAUCCUUUCCUAAUCUUAUCAGGCUUAAUUUUAGUAACAACUCGUUCUAUGGAAGUAUCCCUCCAACAGUUGCUAAUCUUUCCAAGCUCAACAUUCUUGACUUGUCUGUUAAUAAGAUCUCUGGUUCCAUUCCUCAAGAAAUCGGAAUGCUAAGAUCUCUCACUUAUAUUGAUUUAUCAAACAACUUUCUCAAUGGUUCACUCCCACCUUCUAUUGGCAACCUGACCCAGUUGCCAAUUCUGUACAUUCACAUGUGCGAGCUUUCUGGUUCAAUACCGGAUGAAAUUGGGUUGAUGAGAUCUGCCAUUGACAUUGAUUUGUCAACAAAUUAUCUCACUGGUACAGUUCCAACUUCUAUAGGCAACUUGACAAAACUUGAGUAUCUCCAUCUAAAUCAAAACCAACUUUCUGGUUCCAUACCUCAAGAAAUUGGAAUGCUGAAAUCACUCAUACAGCUUGCAUUUUCAUAUAAUAACCUCAGUGGUCCAAUCCCAUCUUCUGUAGGAAACUUGACAGCAUUAACUGGUCUUUAUCUUAGUAAUAACUCAUUUACCGGCUCCAUACCUCCAGAAAUCGGGAUGUUGAGAAAGCUAACUCAGCUUUUCCUUGAAUACAAUGAACUUUCUGGAACUCUCCCUUCAGAGAUGAACAACUUCACCUCUUUGGAAGUUGUCAUAAUAUACUCUAAUAGAUUCACUGGCCCUUUACCCCAAGACAUAUGCAUUGGUGGACGCCUAUCAGCUCUUAGUGUGAAUAGAAAUAAUUUCACCGGUCCCAUUCCAAGAAGCCUGAGAAACUGUAGCAGCUUGGUGAGAGCCCGUCUUGAGAGAAAUCAGCUCACAGGAAAUAUAUCUGAAGAUUUUGGCAUAUAUCCACAAUUGAAGUAUUUGGAUUUAAGCGGUAACAAGUUACAUGGUGAGCUAACUUGGAAAUGGGAAGAUUUCGGCAACUUGUCAACUCUGAUAAUGUCAGAGAAUAACAUCUCUGGCAUAAUUCCUGCUGAACUUGGAAAUGCAACUCAGUUGCAGUCACUUCAUUUCUCAUCGAAUCACCUUAUAGGAGAGAUUCCCAAGGAAUUGGGGAAGUUGAGACUAUUAGAACUUUCUCUUGAUGAUAACAAGCUCUCAGGUAGUAUUCCUGAAGAAAUUGGAAUGCUUUCUGAUCUUGGAAGUCUUGACCUGGCAGGAAACAAUCUAAGUGGAGCAAUUCCCAAACAACUUGGAGAUUGCUCAAAACUAAUGUUCUUGAAUCUAAGCAACAACAAAUUUUCAGAGAGUAUUCCUUUGGAGGUGGGGAAUAUAGACCCUCUAGAAAGUCUCGACCUCAGUUACAAUUUGUUAACAGGAGAGAUACCAGAACAGCUCGGGAAGUUGCAAAGAAUGGAAACGUUGAACCUCUCUCAUAAUUUGCUCUCAGGUUCAAUUCCAAAAAGUUUUGAUUAUUUAUCAGGCUUGACGACUGUCAAUAUAUCAUACAAUGACUUAGAGGGCCCAAUUCCCCCUAUUAAAGCUUUUCAGGAAGCUCCAUUUGAAGCACUUCGAGACAACAAAAACCUGUGUGGCAAUAACUCGAAACUAAAGGCCUGUGUUUCUCCUGCAAUCAUUAAACCUGUCAGAAAAAAAGGAGAAACAGAGUACACUCUUAUUCUCAUCCCUGUCUUAUGUGGUCUGUUUCUACUUGUUGUAUUGAUCGGAGGUUUCUUCAUCCACCGCCAAAGAAUGAGAAACACAAAAGCUAACUCAUCACUGGAAGAGAAGGCACAUUUGGAAGAUGUUUAUGCGGUGUGGAGCCGUGACAGGGACUUGCAUUAUGAAAAUAUCGUUGAAGCCACAGAGGAGUUUGAUUCUAAGUAUUGCAUUGGUGUAGGAGGGUAUGGAAUCGUCUACAAAGUUGUGUUGCCGACAGGUAGAGUGGUUGCAGUGAAGAAACUUCAUCAAUCACAGAAUGGAGAAAUAACUGACAUGAAAGCAUUUAGAAAUGAGAUUUGUGUAUUGAUGAAUAUACGCCACCGAAACAUUGUGAAGUUAUUUGGAUUUUGUUCACACCCGAGACACUCAUUCCUGGUUUAUGAUUUCAUAGAAAGAGGAAGUCUGAGGAACACUUUGAGCAAUGAGGAAGAAGCAAUGGAGUUGGACUGGUUUAAGAGGCUAAAUGUUGUGAAGGGAGUAGCUAACUCAUUAAGCUACAUGCACCAUGACUGCUCUCCUCCAAUUAUUCAUCGAGACAUUUCGAGUAGCAAUGUUCUUUUGGAUUCAGAAUUUGAAGCCCAUGUCUCUGAUUUUGGAACAGCAAGGUUGUUGAUGCCUGACUCUUCAAACUGGACCUCCUUUGCAGGCACAUUUGGGUACACUGCUCCAGAGCUGGCUUACACAAUGAUGGUCAAUGAGAAAUGCGACGUCUACAGCUUUGGAGUGGUGACAUUUGAAACAAUAAUGGGAAGGCAUCCUGGUGAUCUGAUAUCAUCAGUUAUGUCAACAUCUUCAUUGUCGUCGCCAGUUGAUCAGCACAUACUAUUUAAGGAUGUGAUUGAUCAACGGCUCCCAACCCCUGAAGAUAAAGUUGGUGAAGGAUUGGUGUCUGUUGCACGACUUGCACUUGCAUGCUUGAGUACCAAUCCUCAAUCUCGGCCAACCAUGCGACAAGUUUCUUCCUAUCUUGUGGAUAAAUGGAAUCCUUUGACAAAGUCAUUCUCUGAAAUAAAUUUGGGAGAACUGUUUGGUUUAUGAGAAAAAGGAUGCAUGUGUCACUAGUUAAGCUAGCCCUUUCGGAAAAUAUUUGCAGUUGAUGUUCUUGUGCAUAGUUUCAUGUUUUUGCUAUACCUUGUAUUUUAUUCUAGAUCUUAGCCAAUUAUACCUUAUAAUAUCAAUAUAAUUUUUAUUA